AUGGAGAAUAAGGCAGUAGUCAUGUGGUUUCUCUUAAUCACUACUUUGAUAUCAUCUACUUAUCCAAGUUUAGCCAUAGAAUAUGAAGACAAACCAUUGCUUGAUCCUAACACCAGUCUACAAGAAGCAUUUGAAUGGUCUCCGGGUUCAAGAGUUCCGUUUAGCAGUGAACCAACACGAGACGCAGAAAAUUUCAAUAUGUUUUGUACUAAGACGAGGGAUGUGAAGUGUGACGAUGAAAUGUUUCUUGAUCUUUAUAAAAUCAAACCUAUGUCGAAACAAUGUUGUCUGAUCAUAUUGCACAAUGGGGUACAUUGUAACAUGUUAUAUGCGAAGAUUAGAUACAGAAUGUAUCAACGAAGACGUUCCGUUUCUAAAAGUUUUCUUUUCAGGGCUAAGAAACUUUUGAACAGAUGUUCUGCUGUAAUUGGAACUCCUACACCAUUGUCUGGUUAA